GCUUUCCCCGCGGUAACGCCGGACCAGCGUGUCGAAGCCGCGCUCUUCAGCAGGACGCUAGGAGAAGUUCUCGAAGGAGCCCUUGGCUCAGUCUUUUGCGCAUUUUGCAUUUAUGCACAGUUUGGAUGGCACGAUUAAAGCAGGGAAGCGCCGGUGCAGACGUGUGCGCGAUGCUGUAGGAGGGGCGAUGUCUGAAGGUAGGAGCAGUCACUAAGGUGAAGAGCAGGAGGAGAGCCAUUGACGGGGCAGGGGUCUGGUCCCUGACACCAUGGGGGACGGAGGCGUGGCGGACACAGGGCAGAAUGUGAACCAGUCCCACGUCUUGUUUGACCGCUUUGUCCAGGCAUCCACUUGCAAGGGAACUCUCAAGGCCUUCCAGGAGCUAUGUGACUUCCUGGAACUGAAGCCAAAUGAAUACCGAAUCUUCUACCACAAGCUCAAGACCAGACUCAACUACUGGAAGGCCAAGGCCUUAUGGGCCAAGCUGGACAAGCGAGCCUGCCUCAAGGACUACAAGAAGGGGCGCGCCUGCAUCAACACAAAGUGUCUGAUCAUAGGUGCGGGGCCAUGUGGCCUAAGGACAGCCAUCGAGCUGGCCUUCCUUGGGGCCAAAGUAGUACUGCUGGAGAAGAGGGAUGCCUUCUCCAGGAACAAUGUACUCCACCUCUGGCCCUUCACCAUCCAGGACCUGCGUGGCUUGGGGGCCAAGAAAUUUUAUGGGAAAUUCUGUGCUGGUGCCAUUGACCAUAUCAGUAUCCGUCAGCUCCAGCUGAUUCUGCUCAAGGUUGCUCUGCUGCUCGGCAUCGAGAUUCAUGUAAAUGUAGAGUUCAGACGAUUGAUUGAACCCCCAGAGGACCAGGAGAAUGAAAGAAUAGGUUGGAGGGCAGAAGUUCAUCCAAGGACACAUCCUGUAAAUGAGUUUGAGUUUGAUGUCAUCAUUGGAGCCGAUGGCAGGAGAAACACUUUGCCAGGUUUCCGUCGCAAGGAGUUCAGGGGCAAACUGGCCAUCGCAAUUACAGCCAACUUCAUCAACCGUAACACGACGGCUGAAGCCAAGGUGGAGGAGAUAAGCGGCGUCGCCUUCAUCUUCAACCAGAAGUUUUUCCAGGAUUUGCGAGAAGCCACUGGAAUUGACCUGGAAAACAUUGUCUACUACAAGGAUGACACGCACUACUUUGUCAUGACUGCCAAAAAACAGAGCCUGCUGGAUAAGGGAGUCAUCCUCCAUGACUAUGCUGAUACAGAGUUGCUGCUGUCCCGGGCCAACGUGGACCAGACGGCUCUCCUGGCGUACGCGCGUCAGGCUGCCGACUUCUCCACCAACCGCCAGCUGCCCCAACUGGACUUUGCCAUCAACCACUAUGGACAACCAGAUGUGGCAAUGUUUGACUUCACCUGCAUGUAUGCAUCAGAGAACGCCGCCCUGGUGCGCCAGCGCAACAGCCAUCAGCUGCUCGUUGCACUGGUGGGGGACAGCCUGUUGGAGCCCUUCUGGCCUAUGGGCACAGGCAUUGCUAGGGGCUUCCUGGCUGCCAUGGACUCAGCGUGGAUGGUGCGCAGCUGGGCGCAAGGAAACUCUGCCCUAGAAGUGCUGGCUGAGAGGGAGAGCAUCUAUCGGCUCCUUCCUCAGACCACCCCAGAGAAUGUCAGCAAGAACUUCAGCCAGUACAGUGUGGACCCCACCACGCGCUACCCUAAUAUCAGCCUACACUUUCUGAGGCCCAACCAGGUGCGACACCUCAUAGACACGGGAGAAUCUAGAGACUUGCGUGUUGAUAUGGAAAAUGUGGUCAACGCUUCAACGCCCAAGCUACUGCGAAACGACAGCUGUGAGUUUGAGAACGUUCUGCAAGACUCCAUCGCACGCUCCAGCAAGCUGCUGAGCUGGUGCCAGCGGCAGACAAAUGGCUACCGGAAUAUUGCAGUCACAGACCUCACCAUGUCGUGGAAGAGUGGACUGGCGCUGUGUGCCAUCAUCCAUCGCUACCGGCCUGACCUCAUAGACUUUGACUGCCUGGAGGAGUGGAACCAGGAGAAGAACAACCAAUUGGCCUUCGAUGUGGCUGAGCGGGAGUUUGGCAUCUCCCCCAUUAUGACUGGCAAGGAGAUGGCCUCGGUGGGGGAGCCAGACAAGCUCUCAAUGGUCAUGUACCUCAGCCAAUUCUAUGAGAUGUUCAAGGACACGGUGCCCCCUGGUGAAAACCACAAUCUGAGUCCCGAGGAGAAGGCAGCUCUGAUUGCCAGUACAAAGUCUCCCAUCUCGUUCCUGAGCAAGUUGGGCCAGAGCAUCUCCCGUAAACGUAAUCCCAAGGACAAGAAAGAGAAGGAUACAGAUGGUACUGGGAAGAGGAGGAAGACCAGUCUGCCUGGCCUGACUGAGGAUGAGGAGGUUCCUCGGGGUCUCCGUGGUGACCGUCCCCUGCUGUCCACUGCCCUGACAGAGCGCAGGAUGGAUGCAGUGGCUGGGGGCAACAACAACAAGGUCAAGUCCAUGGCCUCUCAGCUCCUGGCCAAGUUUGAGGAGAAUGCCCCGGUGCAUUCCACCGGCCUGAAGAGACAGGCACAGGGCGGGUCCAUGCCCAACCUGGAGCCUCUGCUGCCCCCACCCCUGCCCUCUGUACCCCCGAAAGACCCGGUACGCCUGGCCCCUGUUCCAGCAUGGAGAAAGAAACGCACCCAGCAACAGGAGCAGCUGAGUUUCCGCUAUAAGGAGAAGGUCAGGUGUCAGACACUUCCCAGCAGGGGGGAGCAGGCCAGGAGCACAGCCAGCGGCUCGCGGAGCUGCCCUAAGAAAAUCAUUGUGCUCUCCUCUUCCUCCAACUCUUCGCUCUCUCUCCAUACACAGGAGAAAGUUUCCUGUCCUACCCCAGCCGAUGACCAUGUUCCUGAAGGCAAUACACACAAAUUUGAGAAGCCACAGCUCAUGAAAAAGCCCUCGCGCUUCUUUAUGGAGCAGUGGUAUCAGUCAAGGGGCCUUCAGCCUGACAGUGCUCUGCCGUCCCCUGAAACCCCUGGCCAGGAGUCUCAGCUUCUCCAGCCUGAAGACCAGUCGCCCGUACGCAUCUCUAGCGUUCAGGAGAGAGCUGUCUCUCUGGCCUCUAAGUUCACAGACAAACCAGAGAAGUCACAGCCCAAGAAAAAGCCCUCCAGCUUCUUUUUAGAGCAGUGGCACCUCUCUCGUGGCCUUCGAUCUGGCCAGCCUCUCUCCUCUCCAAACACACUGCGACAGAGAUAUGUAAAGAUGUACACAGGGGGAGUGAGUUUAUUGGCUGAACAGAUAACCAAUCAGCUUCAAAGUCAGGAGGAGCCCAAGCCCCUUCUUGACAAGAAGGAAUUGUGCUCCCUGCGCAAAGAGUUCCCCCAGAACGUUGGCGGCAGCGACGUGUGCUUCUUCUGCCACAAGCGCGUCUACGUGAUGGAACGCUUGAGUGCUGAGGGCAAGUUCUUCCACCGGAGCUGCUUCAUAUGCGACUACUGCGGGACCACGCUGCGCCUGUCCUCCUACGCCUUCGAUCUUGAGGAUGGGAAAUUCUACUGCAAGCCCCAUUACUGCUACCGCCUGUCUGGCCAGGCGCAGAGGAAGAGACCAGCUCCAGCUAACACUCCACUUACCAUCAAGGAAGACAAGGUUGCUCUGACCACCCCCACUACAGUGGAGUCCCCGGGACGGGUGAUGGCUACUGCAGCCCCCAACGAUUUGCGGCCCCCAGUGGCGGAGGUGAAUGGGGUGCUGGAGGCCGGCCUGGCCAAGCGGCCCCGUGGCACACCAGAGCGCAUCGAGCUGGAGAACUACCACCUGUCCCUGCAGCGGGAGGAGGAGCUGGAGGAGGUGCCCGAGGAGACACUGGCAGAGCACAACCUCAGUAGUGUGCUGGACAAGCCCACUGAUGCAGACGAAGGCUCCAGCAGUUCAGAGUCAGAGAUGGAGGGGGAGGAUGAAGAGCAGGAGGAGGAGCAUGAGAUUCUGCACAGCCCUCGGGAUACUCAGGGGGCCUCCUGGCUUGAGAGUGGGCAGCUAGCUCCAAAUGUGAAGGAAGGGAGUCCGCUAGGAGCAAAGGUGCAGGACAGAGUGGAGGCUGGAGUCGUGGCAGAAGCCCAAGUACAGGAAGUUGAUGAUGAUGAAGAAGAAGAAGAGGAGGAGGAAGAUGAUGAUGAUGAUGAAGAGGAGUCUAGUGAUGAGGGGGAAUACUGCCCUUGGGAGACAGAACUACACUCGGGCCUCUGGCUUGAGAACCUCAAAGAUGAAGAGGACAUGGGUACUUUCAAAGCCAGGAACCUACGCAUCCAGCAAGCUCUUGAUCCUGUUGACCCCCUCACUAUCCAGCACAAGGGGCAGGAGGAAGGGCGUGAAGAGGCUUCUCCUGCCCCAGGGUCCCAGUCGUCCCCUACCGCAGCCCCUGCCCCCUCAUCCUCCCGUCAUGAGGCCGUGAGAGCCUGGUUGGAGUCGAUCUCUGGAGAACCCUGUGAUGAGGAUGAAGACCUGGAAGCAGAGGCUGGGAGCUGUGAUAUGGAUGCUGUCCCUGACCUGUUAGAGGAGGACAUCCCGUCAGAUGCUGAGGCAGAGGCUCGCUUGCACAUCCUGCAGGCCAGAGAGCCCGUACAGGAAGAUGAGGAAAAGUCUGAGAGCCAUGACCGGGUCUCUAGUCUGGUUCCAUCCUCCAUCAGUCCAAUGGAGACGGUUGGUGCUGGCAUCCCUCCACCGGUAGAACAUGUAUGGGAGCCUGAGGCUCUGGCAUCAUGUGAAUAUCAGUCACCGUCCAGUCUGGUGAAGUCCCCUGGCAUGCACUUUUUCCCUGAGCCACAUGUGGAGAAUAAAGUCAAACAAGAGAGCACCUUACAAGCUCAGGACACUAUGGGCCCUGCCUCUCCUGACUCUCCUCUUGCACCGGUGCCUCUUGUCUGCUUGCAGCCUGAGCUGCAGCUGGAAACAGUUGCUCCAAAAUCACCAAUCAGAAGCCAAUCCUUCACCUGCUCCCCACCCAGUAAUCCCCUCUCUCCUGUCUGCUCCCAGCCCCUGCCCUGUGAGGCAUCCUCCAUUGCACUCUCCUCGGACUCCCCUGUACAGGGCCAGCCUGGGCCUGCUGUGGCUUCCACACCACUGGCCAAGUCUCCCCCAGGAAACAACACCAAGGUAAACCGUUUGCUGGAGUCCGCAGAGCAAACACCUGUCAAAAAGGCAGAUCUCAUCGAAGAGUUCUGGAUGAAGAGUGCAGAGAUAAGGAAGAGCCUGGGCCUCACCCCUCUAGAGAGAAGCAGAGGGCCCGAAAGGAUUGUAAUGGCCCCCACCUCUGACUUGCUGUCCCCUAAAGUCAACACCCCCCAAGACUUGCCGGAAGAGCUGAAACCUGUAUUCAGUGGGCGUGCUGUUAUCCGAAGGCUAAACAUUACAGUGGAAGGCCAGGUCGUCUCACCUCCGGACAAAGAGCCCAAGAGUACUAGCUCAGAUAAGAGGGACCUCAGCAGCAGCUCUGGCCUUGGCCUCAAUGGCAGCCUGCCCACCAGCCAGACUUUCAACACCUCUGAUUCCACCAUGCUGACUCCACCCUCUAGUCCGCCCCCGCCUCCACCCAACGAGGAACCGGCUAUGCUCAGUGACACAAGCCAUGUUUCUUGGGACAGAAAACCUGAGCCUGUUGAGCCACCUGAAGAUUCCACACAGAGCCCAGCUUCAUCCCCAUCCCCAGCACCUGCCCCAGUGGAAGUUCAGGCUGCUGCAGUUCCUGUUCCAGCACCUAGGACUAUACCUGUGUCUGCUGUCAUCCUGAGACGGGAGACCAGCAAACCUCGACAGGAUGAGAAACGCAAGUCAUUUGUGGAGAGUGUUGAGGAGAUACCAUUUGCAGAUGAUGUGGAUGACACUUAUGAUUACCGCACUCCUGACAACAGCCUGCAAGAGAAAUUCUACACCCCUCCUACCAGCAAACCCCAGAGGGAGAGACCCCCUCUCCAUCUCGCCCUGGCCAUGGAGAAUGGUAAGCCCAAUAUUCCCAGAAGGCACAGAGACGUGUCUGAGUUCUCUCCAGAGGCCAAGGAGAUUGCAGAGGAGCGAAUGCGAGCCAGGGAGAAAAAUGUAAAAAGCCAGGCCCUCAAAGAAGCUAUGGCUAAACAGAUUUCAAAGAUGAAGGAAUUGGACUCUCCCAAAGGGUCAUCCAAAGUGGCAUGGAAUGUCUCUUCUGAGUCAUCUGCUAAAAAUGAAAAACCAUCCGUGAAUGUGACCCCUCCAAAAACGUCAGCCCUUAAAGCUCAGGAAGCCCGAAAACAUGCAGAGACGCUUCCAGAGAGGUUCUUCAGCAGUCACAGCAGCCGGAGUCUGGAGGGCUCUGCAGCCUCUUCAGAGGGAUCCACAGGUUGCAAGAGCAAGAAGCGCAGCUCCCUGUUCUCUCCACGCAAGAGCAAAAAAGAGAAGAAAGUAAAAAGCGAAGGCCGAACCUCUGAAAAAAAUGGACAGGAGGACUUGCCCAAGCACAAGUCCCUCUGGAAAACAGUUUUUGCUGGUUAUAAGAAGGAGAAGAAGAAGAAAGAUGACAAGUCGUGGCCCAGCACACCUUCUAGUGUGACAACUGUGGAUUCUGGGAAGAAGAGAACCUCACCCCUUGGAAGGUCUUCAGAUCUUAACUUGAGACGAAAUCUUAGCUUCUCUGAAGACUCUGACCUGUCCUGUGAUGAUGUGCUGGAGAGGUCUAAAGCAGAUUCCGUUUAUGUCCCUCACGCCCUGGCGUUCAAGCGAGGGUACGCCAUAAAGAAAAAGUACACGGAGGAAGAGCUAAAUGCCAAACUGACACGGAGGGUGCAGAAAGCAGCUCGCCGACAGGCCAAACAGGAGGAGCUGAAAAGACUGCACAGAGCCCAGAUCAUCCAGAGGCAGCUGGAGCAGGUGGAGGAGAAGCAGAGGCAGCUGGAGGAGAGGGGCGUGGCUGUGGAGAAGGCGCUCCGGGGAGAAGCAGACUAUUGGGGAGAGUCUAAUUACAGUGAAAUCCUGGACUUGCAUCUGGGCGGGAUGGGCAAAAAGGAUGACCCCAAGCUCAUGCAGGAGUGGUUCAAACUGGUACAGGAAAAGAAUGCUUUGGUCCGCUAUGAGUCUGAACUCAUGAUAUUUGCACGGGAGCUGGAGCUGGAGGACCGGCAGAGCCGUCUGCAGCAGGAACUGAGGGAGCGCAUGGCUGUUGAGGAUCAUUUGAAGUCGGAGGCGGAGCUUUCAGAAGAGAAGCAGAUCCUGAAUGAGAUGCUGGAGGUGGUGGAACAGCGUGAUGCCCUGGUGGCCCUGCUGGAAGAGCAGCGACUGAGGGAGAAGGAGGAAGACAGGGACCUGGAGGCUGUCAUGCUCUCCAAGGGCUUUGACCUCAACUGGGCCUAGCAAGCAUUCUGUCCCACUCCCUCCCAGGGGGAGAAAUAUUACAAGCUCUCUCAUGCAAGUCAAGUCACAGGUGGCCCACAUAAGAGAUCCUUUUCAGCUUUCUCCAUUUUGAGGACUUGGUUCUGUUCCAGAGCUGCUGUCAUUUGGAUAGAUACCAACACACCUGCCUUUCUCAAGCCUGCUGGACAGUUCACAUAUCCUUGCUGUACCACUUCCCACCUCAGUGAUUCUCUUAGGUGGGUAAUGACACUAUGUCCCAGUCUAUCUGCAGUAUUCAGAAUUGUUGGGACUUCCUUAUAUGGAAGAAAAUCUUCACUGUGGAGAAAUUUUAAAAGUGUUUGGCUUGGUUUGUUUUUUUCCCCCCCCCCAUUUUAAGGUAGGUUAAUGGAAAGGCAAGGAACAGGGAAAUCCUGCUGGUGACUGGGGAGAUGUCUGACUUAUCUGUGUGUGCACACAUGGAGCAGAGUAUCCAGGAGUAGAGGACUGUUCCUGACUCAAUUUAGUACUUUAUUCAUGCUUGCAGAGGAGCGCACACUGUGGGGAAAUUUGUCAUUGUCCUCACAUGAUCUAGUGCUGAGUCAAAACUCUUCCAACUGCCUUUGUUCAUUGCCAUGGAUGAGAAGCUCUGGAUGUCCUCUUCUCCACUGUCUUUGCAGACUUGUCUGUUGCAACAUUAAGAAUUCAUAAAAAUGGUCUUGCAUUUUGAUAAUUAUUUGAUAUAUUUUAACUAGUAACAGUGAUCAAAGAACUACUUUAAUAUGUUUACUGCAUCAAACUGAUGAUGUAAUAGUUUGGCAUGAGUUUUGCUUUCUGCCUGAAGUCACAAGCAGAGUGGAAUGGAGCCAUAUUAUUGUGUUCCAUAUCCCACUGAAGCAUUUUGUGAUGGGAUAUGAAAGAAAAGCCCUUUUUUAUGCAUAGCAGUAUAAAGCAGGUAAAUGAACAAGUUACACUGUCACAGUAAGCCAAGCUCAUGUGUGGUUCACAUGCCCUACCUAAUUCUGAUCAGUAUUCCCAGCAGGUCUUUUUCAAAUGUAAUGCAAGCUGUCAUUUUGUAAAUUCUUAAUUAUUUAUUUUACUUCUGUAAAAUGUGAUAGCCCAAAUGUGUGCGAAAUAUCACCCUCUGAAAUACUAGACAGCUGCCUGUACAUGUGAAUUACAUUCAGCUCAAUGCCGAGCUGUAGUUGAAGUGUUGGGAAGCUGUGACACGUGAACACGGGCCACGGCACAGACCCAGCUCUGCACUUGAACAGUGCACAAGUGACAUUUCUUCACAAAGCCUUUCCUCUUUUGUUUUUUCCAUCUUUUAUUUUUAUACUUUUUUUAAAUGCCAUUUAAAAUUUGAAAAUCCUAAAGCCCUGUGGUUCAAAGCAGCGGAUGUGGUGGUCUUUGAGGCCUGUUGUAUGUCUUUAUACACAAAUGAGCGCGUGUGUGUGUGUGCAAACUGUGGACACUUACUGAGGUCAAACACUCCUUAUGUAGGUCCAAGGCUAAACAAGUCCUGGUUCAUUUGUUUGGAAGAAUUAUUUAUUAAUGUGUGGGGAAAUGAUGUAUAAUAUGUAAAAAAGAAAAAAAAAAUUCCUUUUUAAAAGUUUGACUAAACUGCAAAGCUUACUGUAGCUCCAGUGCAUAUAUAUAUAAAAUGUUGGGUGUACAUUAAAUGAGCAAUAAAGAA